GGAAGCGAGCUGGGGCCUGCGGUUGAGGGCGAGUGGUGACGUUUCUCUGGUCGGUGGGUGGCGGUUGCCGGUGGCGUCUCGCGGUUGCCGGUGGCGGCUGCGGAGCACUGGGCGGCCUCGCCGCGGUGGGCUGGGCUUCAGCCGCGGGCCCCGCGCCCCGCUCCUGAUUCUUCUGAGCUGUACUUGAAGCUGCCAAAAUGGUUCUAGCAGAUCUUGGAAGAAAAAUAACUUCAGCAUUACGCUCCCUGAGCAAUGCUACGAUUAUCAAUGAAGAGGUUUUAAAUGCUAUGUUAAAAGAAGUAUGUACAGCAUUACUGGAAGCUGAUGUUAACAUUAAACUUGUGAAGCAACUCAGAGAAAAUGUCAAGUCAGCAAUUGAUCUUGAAGAAAUGGCAUCUGGCCUUAACAAAAGGAAAAUGAUUCAGCAUGCUGUCUUUAAGGAACUUGUUAAGCUUGUAGAUCCUGGAGUCAAAGCAUGGACACCCACCAAAGGAAAGCAGAAUAUUAUAAUGUUUGUUGGUUUGCAAGGAAGUGGUAAAACAACAACUUGUUCCAAGUUAGCCUACUUCUAUCAAAGGAAAGGUUGGAAGACAUGUUUAAUAUGUGCAGACACAUACAGAGCAGGUGCUUUUGACCAGUUAAAGCAGAAUGCCACAAAAGCAAGAAUUCCAUUUUAUGGGAGUUAUACAGAAAUGGAUCCUGUAAUUAUUGCCUCAGAAGGUGUUGAGAAAUUUAAGAAUGAAAACUUUGAAAUAAUAAUUGUUGAUACAAGUGGACGUCACAAACAGGAAGACUCUUUGUUUGAAGAGAUGUUGCAAGUUGCUAAUGCCAUACAACCAGAUAACAUUGUUUAUGUGAUGGAUGCUUCCAUUGGCCAAGCUUGUGAAGCUCAAGCUAAAGCCUUCAAGGACAAAGUAGAUGUAGCUUCUGUUAUCGUUACUAAGCUGGAUGGACAUGCCAAAGGAGGUGGAGCUCUUAGUGCAGUUGCUGCCACAAAGAGCCCUAUUAUUUUUAUUGGAACUGGUGAACACAUAGAUGACUUUGAGCCCUUUAAAACACAGCCUUUCAUCAGCAAACUUCUUGGUAUGGGUGAUAUUGAAGGAUUGAUAGACAAAGUAAAUGAGUUGAAACUGGAUGAUAAUGAAGCACUCAUAGAAAAGCUCAAACAUGGUCAAUUUACAUUAAGAGAUAUGUAUGAACAAUUCCAAAACAUCAUGAAAAUGGGACCGUUCAGUCAGAUCUUGGGUAUGAUCCCUGGCUUUGGCACUGACUUCAUGAGUAAAGGCAAUGAACAGGAAUCAAUGGCAAGGCUAAAGAAACUGAUGACUAUAAUGGACAGUAUGAAUGACCAAGAACUUGACAGUACAGACGGUGCCAAAGUAUUCAGUAAGCAGCCAGGAAGAAUCCAAAGAGUAGCAAGAGGUUCAGGUGUUUCUACAAGAGAUGUUCAGGAGCUUUUGACCCAAUAUACUAAGUUUGCACAGAUGGUGAAAAAGAUGGGAGGCAUCAAAGGGCUUUUCAAAGGUGGUGAUAUGUCAAAGAAUGUAAACCCAUCGCAGUUGGCCAAACUGAACCAGCAGAUGGCAAAGAUGAUGGAUCCAAGAGUUCUUCAUCAUAUGGUGUGUGACUUCCUUGGGGAGAAGAUUGCAUCUGUUCUGGGCAUAAGCACACCAAAAUACCAAUAUGCCAUUGAUGAGUACUACAGAAUGAAGAGAGAGGAGGAGGAGGAGGAACAGGAAAACAAGAUGUCAGAAGAAGCAGAAAGACAGCAUCAAGAACAGCAGAACAAACCCCAAGCUGAAGCUCCUGUCCAGACAGACCAGCCUGAAGCAACAGCCUGCACUUCAUUUGUGAAUGUAAACUUUGAAAACGAGGGAGAUUUGCAGUCCAGUGGGGAAAAUAAACAAGAUGUGGUUCCUGUCCCUCCUUAAGUAUAAAGCUCCAUUUCAUGUAGAAACUAUGAAGUGUCAGGUGUCCCAAUCUGGCUGUCAGGAGCAGGAAAAAUAGGAUUAUACUUGUUCAGUGAAAUACAGUUUCUGGUGUUCUUAUUGAUCAGGAGAGAGCUGGGCCAUGUCUGUUCAGUCAGUUUGUCUGCCUGAUGAAGGCUGAGGCAUUCUGCCAAGUUGGCACUUCAGUGAAAAGGAAAAUUGCACUACAAACACUUGGUCUAAAGCUGAAUGUGUGAGCUAAUUUCUGUGCAAAGCAAGUGAAAACAUCUUUCAUUUGAAUUGCUGUGUCUCUUUAACACCUGUGGAUCGCAGAUGCAGUGCCGUUUCCUACUCCUAAACAUCUCUUCCUGGUUUGCACAUUGUUUGCAACUUGGCUCUCUAUGAAUAGAUUAAUAGGGAUUGUUAGCCUGUAACUCACAAGUCAUUGUAAUAGCAUCUGGUUUCCCCUAUUUAUUGUCACUGCUGUCUGCAUGGGUUUUGUUUUUCUGUUGUUGGUUAACCCAAGAGACAAAGUUAGGUUUAAUGGUAGUUAGAUUUAAGGCUCCACUGACUCUUAGUUAUAAAAAAAAUGAGAACAAAGGAGGCUGUAAACACCCUUAAGAACUUACUAACAAGUACCACCAGUGCUCCUGGAGGCUGAUGGUGCUCAGCUGCUUCACUCAGUGCCGUGGCAAAGCACAGAACUAGCAUCAGUGUAAGAUGUUCUCGCUUCCAAGUCCAAGAAUUGAGAGCCAUUUGCUUUAAUACUUUACACGGGAAAUAAAACUCAAGUCUUGCUGAAUGAUACUGAAUGCACUGGACACUGUGUAUGGUACCCAUCCAGAGUGAUGAAAACCUUCUGGGGCAUAGAUUACCUGGGGCAAUGUACUUGAUAAAUAGUCUGUUGAGAUUAGCUUAAUGUUAAAGGACUAGUAAGGGAUGUGCCAUGGCAGAUGUUUCUCUCUCCCCAGCACAGAAUAGAUAAAUAAGAAAUCCCAAUACCAAAGUUAGGAUCCUUCCUUUUCCUUAAAUACACAAAACACUUUGUGGCAAUACAACAGCAGCAGCAAUUUCUGUCUUAAGUGACAUGCAGGUAGCUCCAGAGCUUUAAAGCAGCCCACAUUAAGGCUAUUGUACUGCAGUGACUGUUUCUACUUACAGCUUGCGAAAGGAGAAUGGUUUACUUUGUGACAAUCAGAUGUCAGGGCCACAGUCACUUCCUGCAGAAGAUCACUGUAGAUAAAGGAGCUGAGAACCUGCAGGGGUUGCCAUGUGGCAUACUGCUGCUGCCCCUGAGAUUUCUAAAAAGAAAACCAAUUUAAAAAGUCUUCAGUGACAUUUUGUGCUAUCCUGCAUCCCCUGCCUUGGUUCUGCUACAAACCAAGGAGUUCGAUGUACC